AUGCAAGCCAUCACCAAUACCAUCCAGUUCCACGGCGGCGAGGACGAGGACGCCCCCGCCCACAUAAACCGUUUCUCUCGUAUGCUUUCCACUUUUAGCCUUCAUGGAGCCCCAAACGAUACUACCUAUUUACAGCUUUUCCCCUUUUCACUAGCCGACCGUGCGGCUACUUGGUUGGAUUCUCAGCCAACCGGUACUUUUACCAGUUGGGCGGGCCUUCGUCAAGCCUUAUUGAACAAAUAUUUUCCGCCCGCUAAAGAAUCACAUCUUCGCGAUCAAAUUCACUCAUUCCGCAUGGAGCCCGACGAGCCCUAUUACCUUGCUUGGGAGCGAUUUCAAAACCUUGUCGCUCGAUGCUCCCAUCAUGGUCUUUCUGAUUGGGCCCUUUGUGAAAAAUUUUAUAACGGUCUCACCCAAGAGACUCGUGAUCGUUUUGACACUAAUGCGGGAGGUCAUAUGAUGGGCAUUCUUACUGUUGCCGAGUGUUUAGAGCGUUUCGAAGCAUUUGCCCAAUCUCAAUCUCAGUCGCGAUCUGAUCAGCGGUAUCAAAGUGGCAAUUCAAAUACCACUACUAGUGCACCCACUCGUGGGGUGAACCAUAUCACUAUGGACCCUAGUAUAGCCGCCGUAUUAGAAAACAUCACUGGAGAGCUCAAGGAGAUUAAGGCAAAGGUUGAUAAGUGUGAGUUUUGCCGAGGGGUUCAUGAUACGAAUGCGUGUCCAUUGUUAGUUGGUGAGGAGCAGGUCGAUUUCGUGGGAGGGGGUCUAGGUAGAGGUCAACCUAGUGGAUUUGGUAGUAAUUUUAAUUCGGGUUGGCGUAAUAAUACUAAUUUCAAUAAUAAUAAUAAUUUUCGUUCCAAUGGUAACCCCCCUGCUUUCCAAUUAGCUGAAAAUCCAAAUAGGGCAGGGUUCAUUCUUUGGUGGGGGUUCAAAUGGGUAGUUCAAUAA